AGGAAAAGAAAACCAGAUUUCGAGUCGAUUGUGGCUGAUGGGCUGGAACUCCGCCCACGGUUGUCUCGGCUUUCCAUGAUGUACUAUGAUGUAUACGACGUUGAACCCCAUGUUUUCUGCCCUCGGAAACUGAAUGUCCAUGAUGCAACAAGAAAAGAAGCGGGGACCGAUGCUUCUGUUACUUUCUUGCUUUCUUCGAGACAUUGAAGGUUAGCUGUCACUAUCCUCCAACUCUUUCUACGUUUACCCCCCUAUGCAUCCCUGACGUUUGAAUUUCACAACCCAAAUUGGAGUAGUGAUGAUGAUGAUGAUGAUCUUUCUGGUCCAAGCCACGGCUCGGCGUCGGGCGGUGGUCGCGUUGUGUUGGCCUAAGCUUAUGCCGAUCCACUCACGGCCAGGCAACCGUAAACCCUCAGCCAUUACAGGAAGCCCGAAUACGAGCUUGCUGUCGAGAAAUAUCCCUGGAUUUAGGGGAGGGAGGAGGAAAAGGGUUUUUGGUUUCAAAAUCGGACCCUUUUCUGAUAGUUAAUUUGUAAGAAUAGAUGAGACACGUUCACUGCCCCCCCUCUAGUAGUACUAUUAUCUUAUUGUUCUCGCAUCCCUUUCUGAUUCGCAAGGUAUACCUCCAUUCUGGGGUUGCUUUGCUGCCUAUGCGGCUGGAAUUAGACUGCGGCAUUCCUUCGUCCUUUAAUCUUAGCUCACCAUUAAUCCCAGCAACGAAUCUAUCAAGGUAACUAUUGAAAAGCACUGCCCGCUGUGCUACGUAAGAAGAAGCUGUGCUCUUCUGAGCCUCCGAAAUGAAGCUGGACCCGUGCCCUCGUAAAGUGUUCCCAAUAUGUAUCUAACUUGUUACCGAAAUGAAAAUCACCUGACGCUGAAUCAGCGGAAUUCAAACGAUGCAAGAGUAACAUACUGAGGUAAGUAAGUAACCAAACUAAUUAACGCGGCCACGACCACGAUGGAGAUUGUCAUCAAAGUAA